AUGAGCAUCGGUAAUCUAACAGAGCUGGAGAGUAACCUCACUCUCAGCGAUCGCUUGAAGCUCUUCAAAUCUUCGCAGUUCAAUCCCGAUGCUUAUCUCCAAUCCAAAUGCAACAACAUGACGGAGAAGGAGAUAAAGCAUGCGUGCAUGAACUUGUUAGAAUUAAGGAAGGCGUCUGCAGAGGAAAUGCGUAAAAGUGUGUACGCUAAUUAUACUGCCUUUAUACGUACAUCCAAGGAGAUUACAGUUCUUGAGGGGGAGCUCCUUUCGAUGAGGAAUCUUCUUUCUACUCAGGCAGCUUUAGUUCACGGUUUAGCCGAAGGUGUCUUCCUCGAUUCCUUGACAGCCGGCGCUGACGAUUCAGAAGAGGAUAACAUAUUUGCUGUUAAAAAUACGAAACUUAAUAAAACCGAGAAGUGGUUUGUUGAAUAUGAGGAAAACCUUGAAGUUCUAUUGGCUGAAAAGAGAGUGGAUGAAGCUAUGGCCGCUUUGGAGGAAGGGGAAAAAGUAGCCAAAGAACAAGCAGCAAAAGAACCUAAUACUAAACAGAACUUGAGUCCAGAUGCACUUCAAAGAUUGAAGACUGCCCUCACUUUGCUGAGACAAAAACUAGUUGAUCAACUCGCAGAGACAACUUGCCAACCUUUCACGAAAGGUGCCGAGCUCCGUUUGGCCGUUUUGUCCAUUAAAAAUCUCGGGGACGGUCCACGUGCCCAUACGUUGCUGCUCAAUUCUCAUCAGCAGAGGCUGCAGCGUGGUAUGCAAAGUCUUCGUCCUUCGAACAAUUCUCAUGGAGGAUCAACUACUUCGGCUCUUUCACAGCUUGUAUUUUCAACCAUUGCGCAAGCAUCUAGUGAUUCCUUAGCGGUUUUCGGCGAGGAGCCUGCAUAUUCAUCUGAACUAGUAACAUGGGCUGUCAAGCAAACUGACACAUUCGCGCUUCUCUUAAAGAGACAUGCUCUAGCUUCAUCUGCAGCUGCUGGGGGUCUAAGAGUGGCCACUGAAUGUGUUCAGAUAUGCCUUGGCCAUUGCGCUUUGUUAGAAGCUCGUGGAUUAGCUCUUUCCCCUAUCUUAAUGAGGCAUUUUAAGCCCUGUGUCGACCUGGCAUUCAGUGCCACCUUAAAAAGAAUCGAACAGAGUACUGCUGCACUUGCUGCUGCAGAUGAUUGGGUGCUUUCUUAUGCACCGGGUGAUGCACGUCCGUUAUCUUCUACUUUAUCUCUUAGUAGUGCAACUAUGCCACAGCCAAAGCUUUCAAGCAGCGCUCACAAAUUGAAUUCAAUGGUUAAGGCAUUUAUGGAGGAUGUUGGCCCCCUUGAGAUUCUUCAAUUGGAUGGUCCAGCUUUAGAAGGAGUUUUACAAAUAUUCAAUUCCUAUGUUAAUCUACUGAUAAGUGCAUUGCCUGGUUCGAUGGAAAACGAAGAAACUUUAGAUGGUUCUGGGAAUAGAAUUCUCAAGAUGGCAGAGAGUGAAUCCCAACAGUUGGCUUUACUUGCCAAUGCAUCAUUGCUAGCGGAUGAACUGCUUCCCCGGGCUGCAUUGAAACUUUUGCCAUUGAGCCAGGCUAGCAGAGUGGAUGCCACCCCUAGAAGCACUUCAGAUAGGCAAGGCCGUGUUCCGGAACAAAGGGAGUGGAAGCGGAAAUUAAACCGCUCGGUUGAACGUUUGCGAGAUAGCUUUUGUAGACAACACGCCCUUGAUCUUAUCUUCACAGUCGACGGGGACAUGCGUCUCAAUGCAGAGAUAUACAUAAGUAUGGAUAGCCAUACUGAGGAACCUGAAUGGUUUCCAUCACCUAUUUUCCAGGAACUUUUUGAAAAACUAACAAGGAUGGCAAGUAUAGCAGCUGAUAUGUUUGUGGGGAGGGAAAGGUUUGCUACACUUCUAUUAAUGAGACAAACAGAGACUGUAAUCCUUUGGCUUUCCGAUGACCAAACCUUUUGGGAAGAGAUCGAGCAGGGGCCGACACCUUUGGGUCCCCUCGGUCUUCAACAGCUUUAUCUGGAUAUGGAAUUUGUAAUGAUUUUUGCUUCCGAAGGCCGGUAUCUGUCUCGAAAUCUGCAACAAGUUAUCAAAACCAUUAUCGAGAGAGCUAUCGAGGCACUGGCUGCAACCGGAAUUGAUCCAUACAGCGUGUUGCCGGAGGAUGACUGGUUCGCCGAAGUUGCUCAAAUAGCAAUCAAGAUGUUAAGUGGUAAAGACAACUUUACUACUCUGGAGGGAGACGCAACAAGCCCUACGGCAUCUGCGUCGGCAGCUUCGUUCUGAAGUAACUAAGGUCUCUGGCCGUACCUUUGCUCAAAGCAUGUCACCGUCACAAAGCAACCCUGCUUGCCAUCCAAUAAAAUGCAGGUUUUUAGAUCAU